GUGCGACCUGCCGCUGCUGGCAGUGGAGCUGCUGUGUUUCAACUCCAUCCUUCUUGUACCUCACAUCCACCUCCCUCCAACUCCCUCCAUCUCCCUCCACUCCACACCUUUCACCUCCAUCCACUCCCCCGCCUCCCCCAGGUACGACCUGCCGCUACUGGCAGAGGAGCUGCUGUGUUUCAACGCCUCCCGCCUGCUCGCCUUCAUCGACCUGCACCCCACGUCGCCCCACCAACUGCACCGACUCACCCAGGGGAACCUCCUCCCGGCAUCAGUGACCGCCCGUCUGAGCACCAUCCGCUCACAGCACGCCCACCUGCUCACGCCCAUGACUGCACGCCACCUGCUCAUGUUGCGUCCUACUCUCUCAUCCUUCCCCGUGCAGCCUGCAGUGACCGCCCGUCUGAGCACCAUCCGCUCACAGCACGCCCACCUGCUCACGCCCAUGACUGCACGCCACCUGCUCAUGUUGCGUCCUACUCUCUCAUCCUUCCACGUGCAGCCUGCAGUGACCGCCCGUCUGAGCACCAUCCGCUCACAGCACGCCCACCUUCUCACGCCCAUGACUGCUCACCCCACAGUCACUGCCCGUCUGACUGCCAUCCGCUCACAGCACGCCCAUCCGCUCACGCCCAUGACGGCCCGCUUCUUCGCCUCUGACUCGCACUUCUUCUCGCCCCACUUGUCAUGUCACCCUACUCUCCCCCCCCAUCCCACCUCCCACGUGCAGUCCACAGUAACAGCCCGUCUGAACACUGUUCGCCAACAGCACGCGCACCUGCUCACGCCCAUGACGGCGCGCUUCUUCGCCUCUGACUCACACUUCUUCUCGCCCCACAUGCUGCUCUACCGCUCUCAGGACGGGUGGGAUGAUGCCAACCUGCAGUGCGGUACCCUCCGGCUUGCUUCUUCUCCUCAAACCUGCUGCUCUACCACCCACAGGACGGGUGGGCCGAUGCCAACUUGCAGCCUCGGCUACUCUCGCUUCUUCUUGUUCCACCUGCUGCCCUCCCUCCCUCCCUCCCUCCCCCCCUCCCUCCCUCCCUCCCUCCCUCCCUCCCUCCCUCCCUCCCUCCCUCCCUCCCUCGCUCCCUCCCUCCCUCCCUCCCUCCCUCCCUCCCUCCCUCCCUCCCUCCCUCCCUCCCUCCCUCCCUCCCUCCCGCCUGCAUGGCCACUGGCUCUCUCCCUCAACCCACCCUCUCCCUCCCUCAUCUCAUCACACCAGCCGCCCACAGGCAGAGUGUGGCAGCUCCUCGCCGAGUACAUCACAGCCUACCACGACGCCUGCAUGGCAUGUCAUGGACCUUGCCGCUCUCCCUCCUUCCCUUCCAUCCUCGUCUCUCCCUCCUUCCCUCCACCCACCCCACCAUCACAGAUCCCCACAGGCACUGUGUGGCAGCUCCUCACGGAGUGCAUCACAGCCUACCACGACGCCUGCAUGGCAUGCCAUGGGGGGGCAGCACCACCCGCACAGGCGAAGUGCCGUGCAGCGGAGGAGGGGCAGAGGGCGUUUGAUGAGUACUUUGAGCGCCAUGACCCCGCCGUGAACAUGCUGGGCCAGCUGUUUGGGGAACAGAGAGCGUUUGAUGAGUACUUUGAGAAGCACGACCCUGUUGUGGACAUGCUGGGGCAGCUCUUUGGGGAGCAAGGUGCCCGUGCUCCUGCUGCUGCACAUCACAUGCGUGUUGAUGAGUACUUUGAGCAGCACGAUCCCGCCGUUAACAUGCUGGGGCAGCUGUUCGGGGAGCAGCCUCCCCCAACAGCCUCCUCCAACAGCCUCCUCCAACAGCCUCCUCCAACAGCCUCCUCCAACAGCCUCCUCCAACAGCCUCCUCCAACAGCCUCCUCCAACAGCCUCCUCCAACAGCCUCCUUCAACAGCCCGCACUUCCCGCCAGCCUUCAUCAACCGCUCACUCAUCCGUCACUCCACCGCACCCCACUCUUCUUCCGUCGCUGCUUCUAUCUCCUUGUUCUCGCUUCACUGCUCUCCCCACUCUCUCACACUCACAUUCUCCUUCACCGCUCUCCAUCACUCACUUUUCCACUACUUCCUCCCUCCCACCCCUCCCCACUCCUUCAGUGGACACAAGCCCCACACCACUACCCAAGGAGGUAUCCCUAGUGUCAAGCCAAGAGGAGAGUUCAGUUCACUAA